AUGAAGCUUCUAAUAAUACAGGCAGAAAUUUCUUUACUUGAUAAUAAUCUUAAGAAUCUUGAGCCUACUGAUAAUGUUUCUACUGUGGUAUUAUUAUGGGCUGUUCAGCAAUUAAUUGCAAAAUCUGAGAGAAGAUUCAAAGAUAAUAACUCUGAGAACAUAUAUAGACUUCUUCUUCUAUUGAAAUAUAUGGUACAGACAAGAUCUGCCAGUCAGCAGCUUAAACAAGAAAAAGACUGUAAGCAAGAUAAUAAAGUAAUUAUUCCAAAGUAUGCAGAUCUGAAUGUGCAAGAUGACUCUGCUAUAAAGACAGAAGCUGAGACUGCUAUUACUGCAGCCAUUGAUAAAGAGUUUCAAGGCAAUAUUGAAAUUGAUUUUACUGAUGAAAAUGUUGAUGCUGAUUUUGAGAAGAACAUCAAUAAUGCUGUUGAAACUGUGAACAAGAUUAUUCAUGAGAUGAGCUCUGAUAUUUCUUUGUCUUCUAUGGAUAAAGAUACAAGAAAAGUCUUACUUGAAGAGUUUACCAAAAAUGCUGUCAAUAUUGAAAUACUGUUUGUGGAAAAGCACAGAUCCAACAAUAGACUAAUAGCUGAUGCUGAACAUCUGGAACACCUUAAAAUAAGUGAUGAUGAUGAUGACAACAAAGAUUCUGUUAAGAAUACUGGUGAGACUCUCUUUAAGCUGAAUUACACAUUCAAUACAACUGGAGCAGAAGCUCCAGAUUAUCUUACUACUUGUUCUGACUUGAAUGUGAACUCUGUUGCAAAUCUUACACUAAAAUCUUGGCAAGUUACUGGGGUUGCUUGGAAAUUAACACAAGAGCUGUCACCAGUAAGAGAUGAAAUUCUUGCUAAUAAAUGCAUGUAUUUGAGCUCCAAUGAUCUAGCUGUACAACAUGAGACUCUAGAUGCUGCUGUACAGCUAGAUGGACCUCCUGGUGUAUUUGGAGACAUGCUUCAGCAGCUUCACAGGAAACUUGAUUGGCUAACUGAAAACUUCUUUGAAUGUGUAAUACUUGAUAAAGAACAUAAAGUUAAAAAUUCAAGAACCUCUGUUCACAAGGCCAUUGCCUUGAUCUCAAGAGAUUAUAUCUGA